GGGUUCAAAGCUUGUUCUGUGAAGUGAAAACCAUUUUCAUGUUAGAAAUUUAAUUUUGUGCUUAACUGAGAGACAGACAACAGUGGAGUUUCAUGUAAAAGAUAUCAGAUUCUGGUAAACGAAAAUAUAGAAAAUAAAAAUCAAAAGGGAAAUUGUACAUCAAAUCUCUACCAAUUGACCGUAUUAUUUCAUAUACACCACCAUCACUCACACACCUUAAAUAUUGCAAAAAAAAGGAUUUUGUUUUUCCUGUUCGUUCUCAUGUGCUUUUUUACGUUUUUUUUUCUGUUCAUUUGUUUGACGGUGCUGUGAUGAAUAUUUCAUUGUUCGAUCAAAAUAAAAAAGCAUAUUACUCACAGCCAUAAAUACAAAUGGAAAAAUCUUGAUUGUGUAUAUGGAAUUUACGGUGCUUUAUGGUACCAGCCAGCGAGCAAAACAUAUCUAUAUACAGAGACGAACGAACGAGAAAAAAAAAGUACGAGAAGAUCACAAAUUCGAUUAAGAUAAAAAUUUGUGGAAAUAAAUGUUUCCAUCAAUGUGUCACACAACACACAUAGCUCUUUGCUAGAGAGAUCUUUUAUGCGAACGAAAAUACUGUAAGAAAUAUCUGGUGUACGAAAAAUAGACCGUAUUGUGAUAACAAACAACAAGAGAAAAAUAUGUUUUUCUAUUUGAAGAAUUCGAUUAUGGUAUAAAGUUCGGUAAUUUUUUUCAUUCUUCUUCUUCGUCUUUGCUCUACUGAAAAAUGAGUUUUGCCCUUUGAGAACAAAAAAUUUCGUAUUUGUAAAGUGUCUCUUUGUGGGUGCACUUAGGUGUGAAGAUAACUACCCUCGGCAGAAUAUCCUCGAGGCAAGAACAACUUGCCACGACAGAACUCAAUUAACGACAACUACACAAAGAAGUAAUGCACUAGCAUUCUGACAUCCAUCUAAUAUUUGUAUCGUGCAUGAGGAACAUCUAAAAUUACGCUUCAUUACCGAUAUUAUAUCUUGUGGAAUCGUUUGUUAAAUUUCCGGUUGGCUGUUCGGCAAUCAUACACCAUCACCGUCAAUCACCGAAAAACGAUUCAAUUCCAUCACACGUUAUAAAUGUUCAAAAUAUAAAAAAAAAAUCCGAGAUGCCAUCACAAACGUGUUUCGAGGCAGCGUUCGAUUCGCGAAGCCAUUAUUCAGAUUCGGCAGCGAAUAACAAUUUUUAUCAUGUGGGAAGUUUACGCAAUCAGCAUCGCGGUGACGAUCAAUUGGUAAAGUCACAUUCCAAUUAUGGUUCGUUAAGAGGUAGCCUAUUGAAGAGUAAUCAAUCGCUGUGUAGCUGCAAUGCAGAAACUGAGAUCGAUAUAAAUCCCUCGAGACCACUUUAUCAAUACAGCUUAGAUAGAAAGAAUAAAGUUCAUACGUAUACCUGCGAACAGAAUGCUCAAAUCCUGUUGAGACUGGAGCGGGAGCGUCUACGAUGCAAUCACACGAAAAAUUCGAAAAAUUCUAAAGAUAAUCUGCGCGGCUCCUCUUAUAGCAUUCGUACGCUCGAUUAUUCGUCCAAAUACGAUAAUGAUGGCAUGGAGAUUGACACCUACAUUGAUGUCGACAUACCGCCGCCACCAACUCCGCCAAAUUGUAAGCCAUCACUUUCACGUCAAAGUUCCACCAAACAGACACAAAGCAAAUCGACAAUUUUAAAAAAUUGUGCAAACAUUUGCAUUCAUGAGGCAAAUCCAAUUCAUCAGAAAAAUAAUACCAUCAACAGCACCACCACCGCCACUACCACCAGCACCGCUGACAAUGUCAUUUCAAACAAUCACAAAAAUAAAUUAUCAUCCGCGAAAAUGACGGUAGAAAACAAGAAUAAAUUCGACCAGAACGAUGGAUAUAAUUGCAUGAACAAUAAGCCCAUCAUAGCUGACAAAGAUGAAGAGUCCUUGUUUUUCUACCAUCACGAACCGAACCAGUACAUGCCAAACUAUGACACUUUGCACCAUAUCCCUGGCAAAUACAAUACCAUCGGACCAAUCAAAUCAUAUCGCAAUGAUACCGGCAAAUAUGAUUCGAACAAUAAAUUUCAUUCGAGCACCUGCAAUUUAAAACCAUUUCACAAGUCGACCAAUAAUUUGAUGAUGAAUGGUCGAUAUUUCACAAACUCAUUAACCAAUUUUCAUUAUCCCCCAUUCAAUUACCAUCAUUAUGGUAAUGGUCAUUCACCGUACAUUCAAUUUCAAAAUAUCGAUGGAGAUAUGGAUUUGCCGCCGUUAAUGGGCAUUGGAUGUGAUCAUCAUGUAAGUGUCAAACAGCAGGGACAUAUACCAUGGAAACAUCGACAGUGUCCUAGCAUUGCAUCGAGCAGUUCAGUGUCAACGAUAACAAAAUGGGAUCCAUUUCGUCACUGGUUGGCGGUAACUUCAAUUUUAUUGAUCGCUGGAGCAGCUGGUGUCGCCGUUCCUCUAGCACUGAGAGUUGCAGCGGGCGCACCAUUCGAAGAACGAUUGCAAGCAGCAACGCAGCUUCUGAACACAGUACCAUUGAUCGAUGGACACAACGAUUUACCAUACAACAUUCGAAAAUUCUUACACAAUCAAUUGAACGAGUUCAACUUUGACAUAAGUCUCAAGAACAUACCGCCGUGGUCGCGAUCAGUAUGGAGUCACACAGAUCUGCCACGACUUAAGAAAGGACGAGUAUCGGCACAGUUUUGGGCAGCCUAUGUCCCCUGUGAGGCUCAACAUAAAGAUGCCGUUCAGCUAACCUUAGAGCAGAUAGAUGUGAUAAUUCGAUUGACCGAAAAAUAUUCUCCCCAGUUGACUACGUGCACUUCGGCUAUAGACAUUGUGGAAGCUCAUAAGAACCAUCAACUUUGUUCAUUGACUGGCGUUGAAGGUGGUCAUAGUUUAGGCGGUAGUCUUAGUGUUCUUCGUACAUUUUAUUCGCUCGGUGUUAGAUACAUGACUCUAACUUCAACUUGUCACACGCCGUGGGCUGACAGCAGUUAUGCUGAUUCGCCAAAGUUUGAUGUGAAACACGGGGGAUUAACUGAGUUCGGAAAGACCAUCAUUCGUGAAAUGAAUCGGCUCGGUAUGAUCGUUGAUCUGUCCCACGUAUCGGUCGGCACAAUGAAAGAUGCUCUGGCCAUAUCGGAAGCACCUGUGAUAUUCUCACAUUCGUCGGCAUACGAACUGUGUAACUCCAGUCGAAAUGUACAGGAUAGCAUAUUAGAGUUAAUCGUAAAAAAUCGUGGACUGAUUAUGGUGAAUUUCUAUUCGAGUUUUUUAAGUUGCAGCGAAAAUGCGACUGUUCAGGAUGCUGUUGCUCAUCUUAAUCACAUAAAAUUGGUAGCUGGAGUUGAUUACGUUGGAUUGGGUGCCGGCUACGACGGAAUCAAUUUCACUCCUAAAGGGUUGGAAGAUGUAUCCACGUAUCCAGUACUGUUUGCUGAACUGCUUGGCGACGGUUGGACCGUUGAUGAGCUCACCAAACUAGCUGGUCAAAACUUUUUGCGUGUUUUAGCUGAAGUCGAAAGUAUUCGGGAUAAAAAGCGCGACGAGGGCAUUCGACCGUACGAGGACAUAUUGAAUUUCCGGUUGGAAGAUCCGUACAAUUGUACGACCAGCUAGAUAAGGGCCAUUACGAUCAACGAAGAGUUUUAGCUUUUUUGGUAUUUGUUGAUUCGAAAGUGGUGUACAACCUUAAAAACAGUGGACGCUGUAACAUGAGAUCGUUACG